GUAAAAAGAUCGACUGCAUCACGAGCGUCGACUCGGCUUCCUUCAAGGACGUGGUGGACAACUACUGCUUCAUCAUGGGCACUUUCACGGUGGACAGGCUGCACGGGAAGCAAGUGGGGGUCCAGGUGCCCCAUCCGGGUGUUGGGCCCUCGGAGCCCGACGACGAACUCACCUUCCACACGUACUACCAGUGGGUGCCGUUCGUGCUGUUUGCGCAGAGCCUCCUGUUCUACGCGCCGCACUGGCUGUGGAAGCAGUGGGAGGGCGGCCUCUUCAAGACGGUCAUCCAGGACCUCUCCGUCAGGGACUACCUCGGCAGGGAACUGAAGCCGUAUUUCAGCCGUGACGAAAGGUACCGAGCGCUGUCUUCGUACCUCCAGAACCACAUGGACCAGCACAAGCGUUGGUUCUAUCGGUUCUUCUUUUGCGAGGCCCUCAACCUGGGCGUUGUGCUGUCCACGCUCUAUUUCACGGACUGGUUCCUCGACGGGGAGUUCCUCACGUACGGGACGAGUGUGAUCCAGGUGGCCGGCAUGGACCCCGAGAACAGGACGGACCCGAUGGCCUUCGUGUUCCCGCGGAUGGCCAAGUGCACCUUCAGGAGCUUCGGCAGUUCGGGCACCAUCCAGGUCCGUGACGUCAUGUGCCUCAUCGCCACCAACAUCAUCAACGAGAAGAUCUACCUGUUCCUGUGGGUGUGGCUGGUUACCCUGACGGCGCUGACGGGGGCCUGGGUCGUCUACCGUCUCCUCGUUAUGGUCUUCCCGUGUCUAAGGGUGGCUGUUCUUAAGCUGUACGUGAAAAAGACCUUCCACUCCGACGUCUCCGCCAUCAUGAAGGAGUGCUCCCUCAGCGAGUGGUUCCUCCUCCUCAGCCUCGGGAAGAACAUGGAGGUGACCGUCUUCAGCGAGUUCCUCCGCUUCUUCGCCAACGAGCAGAACAAGUCCACGGACACGAUAUGA